AUGGCUUCCAUUGCGCACAGUGAUCCCAGCCCGCGCAGCCAGCUAGGAGUUGGUCCAUUCGUCCUUCGCACCCUGUUCGCAGACCUCCCGCUGUCCGAAGAUGGCACCAGGGACGACAUCAAGAUCAAUUGUGUGGAAUAUCUAGAUCGCAAUCUUUACGUGGGAACCUCCGACUCGGAGCUCCUACACUUCGUCCAGAUACCCUCAGAUCCGGCAGACACUACCGGCACGCCGACCUUCAUACUUGCCUCGAGGCUGAAACCCGCCUACUCCGAACCUGCUGGAGCUGCGAAUUCUACGCGACCUGGUGUGCAAGAGAUAUUAUUGCUUCCUGUGGUGGGAAAGGCCUGCAUCUUGUGCAACUCGACCGUCACCUUCUACUCGCUACCAGAACUGAGUCCUGUGUUUGGAUCCUUACAAGUCAAGAACUGCAAUUGGAUAGGUGGACUAGACCUCAAUGAGCUGACUCUCGAAUAUGGCGGACGAGAGUCGAAUGGGGUCCCUAUCUUGCUUUCCUUAAAUAGGAAGAUACAGGUCGUCAGGAUAGCUGAAGAUGCUCGUGUUAUCAAGAAGAUCGACUUUGCAGGGAGCAGAUUAUCCGUGAGGAGAGACACCAUAGCGUGUGUGGCCGACUCGAGAGGCUAUGCCUUGUUGGAGAUUGACCGACAACUGAAAAUCCCAUUGAUGUCAAUAUCCUCUCUAGAUGAGGGACAGCCUGGUAACAUUGUUGGCCAGGCCCAGGACAUUUCCGGGACCACAGGGGGCGGCCUACUACGAAGUAACUCGUCUGCGCAGGCUCGUACGCAGACUGGAAGCCCUGAUCCUCCCGCUCACCGGAGGGGGACUAGCUUGGGCAACUUGAUCUCAAGCGUUGGUCGGAGACAGGAGCAACAGGCUGCUGAGGCGGAAGAGCCAGUAUUUCAACAGGCAACUCCGCUAGAAUCAGUUGCGAGCCCUGGCCCACCAGAUGACACCGUGACGCCAGAGACAACGACAUCAGAAGGACCGAAUGAGAGUCGACCAACGCGGGCCGCGGCGGCUGGCAGACCUGGACCAGUCUUUCUCAAGCCGCAUAUCGUCUCUCCGACCCCGGAAGAAUUCCUGCUAGUCACUGGAACUGGGCCCUUGGAGCCUGGCAUUGGCAUCUUUGUGAACUUGGACGGGGACCCGACGAGGCCUACUAUCGAAUUCGAUCGUUAUCCUAAGGAGAUCAUCGUUGAUGGAGGCUCCGCUGACUUAUCUUCAUCUCGCAUGGACCCCCUUGGCCCCGAGGAGGAGGGUUAUGUUCUUGCGUCGACGAGUAGGGAAUUUGCAGAUGGUCUCCACUACGGCCUAGAGAUCCAACGCUGGGAUCUAGACGCGGCUGAGAAUGAGCCAUCUAAACACUGGCUUGAACCACCAGAUACUGGCACGACAAAGGUCAAAUCUCCGCAGAGUUUAGGGGUUCGCUCGUUUCUAGGCGCAGACGAUACACAUUUCCAAGAGAUUUUUGAGAAACUUUGCCGGCGCAGAUUCGUCCCAUUCUCAACGAGCAGCCUAGCCGCGUCUACAAUGUCUCUCAAGAGCGCUGACUCUAGGACGGCUCAGUCUAUGGAGAUGAUGUCCAAGGAGAGGGCGCUCUUUGAUAGGGACAAUGAUUUUCAGAGUGACGAGUCAUUACCAGAGGGCUGGCAAGCAACUCGCAAGACCGAGGAAGAAGAUUUUGCUCGUCGAUUGGCAGGAAGCACAGCACGUUUGGCAGUUUGGUCCGGACCACAUAUCUGGUGGGCUAUCCGUAACCCUUUAAUUCUGCAGCUAGAGGCUCAACUUGAGGCGGCCAAUUCUGUAUCAAACCAGACAACCGAGGAACGACGGGAGCUGUUUAAGAUCCUGAAUUCGUUUCGCGGGCGUGAUGCCAAAUCUGAACUGGAAUUCCUGACUUUCAGCUAUGUGCGACAACGAGCGGGUAUCUUAUUGCUGACGAGUUUCUUGAAGUCGGAAGAUGGCUCUUUCUCAGAGCAAGAGCUUCGAGCCAUGGAGGAAAUCUUGGUUGACAGUCUCCUUGACCCUCGAGUCAUCCUCUCACUCAUACCCGGGGUCCGCAACGAGGUGAUUGAGACAAGACGGGGAAUAUGGGCCUUCGGGGGAGUAAAAACCACCGCCGAAGAUUUCAUCUCCAGUAGGGACUUUGACAAGGUCAAUACGACUUUGAGUGCAUUGGCUCAGCCUGUGCUUCACUUUCUGAGACGGUUCCUGACAGCUUGGAGACGAAAAAAGGGCUUCGGGAGUGUGCCAGAUGAGAACGAGGUCUUCCGUACGGUUGAUGCGGCUCUGCUUGCGGUGCUCCUAGAAAUCGACCAGCAUUCACCGCCGGGCUUAGCCAAGGGACGAUCUAUACGUGCAGAACUGUACGAGCUCGUUGAUAGCGGGGUGGACUGUUUCGACAGGGCUGAGACGUUGAUUGAGUCCUACCACCGACUGUUUGUGCUGAGCAGACUUUACCAGAGCCGGAAGAUGGCUCAAGAAGUGCUCUCCACGUGGAGGCGUAUCGUCGAGGGGGAAAGAGACGACGGGGACGAGUUCCGCGACGGUGAGCAACGCGUGCGCGAAUACCUGAUAAAGAUCAGCAACCAAGCACUGGUGCAGGAGUAUGGAAUAUGGCUAGCCAAUCGCAACCCGAAGCUUGGUGUCCAGGUGUUUGCCGAAGACAAAGGUCGCGCACCAAAAUUCGAGCCCACCUACGUCGUCGAACUUCUUAAGCGCGACGCUCCGAACGCUGUCAAGUAUUACUUGGAGUUCCUCGUAUUCGGCAAGGGUCACACUGUUUAUGUCAACGAGCUGAUCAGUUACUAUCUGGACAUCGUCAUACAUCGCCUCGAGGCGUCUUCAGAGGCUCGGGAAGUCGUCAUGUCCACGUAUUCAACUUACCGCGCUCUUCAGCCCCCGAAACCUACCUACCGCCAAUUUUUGACAGAUAAUGCCCCGGCCAACGAUGAAGCAUGGCACAGCCGACUACGGUUUCUCCAGCUCCUCGGCGGCAGCUAUGACUACGACUCUGCAGCUAUUAGGGAUCGCAUCGCAAGCCUUAGCAGCACCGCCGAGGACCUUCUCGUACCAGAGACCAUCAUCCUUGAUGGACGGGAGCGGAAGCAUGAGGAUGCGUUGCGCCUUCUCGUGCAUCGUCUGGGGGACUACGAUACAGCCGUUUCGUACUGCUUCCGCGGCGGUGCAAGCAUCUAUAGCAUAUACCAAGCCCAACCCCAAAGCCAACCACCAGCGGGUCCCGAAAACCUCAAAGCACCAAAGCGCCGUGAGAGCAUGCCGCCCACGCAAGACCAGCAGGCCCGACUUUUCCGUGCCUUGCUUGGCGAGUUUCUCAAACUUGAGGAUAUCAGCGACCGAGUGGAGCAGACAGGGCUGCUUCUCGAGAAGUUUGGUAGCUGGUUCGACGUCGGCGAUGUGUUAUCGGUGAUACCGGACAGUUGGAGUGUUGAUCUAGUGGCUGGCUUCUUGGUCAAGGCGCUGCGGAACAUUUUCGUCGAGAAGAACGAAACGACGGUUGCCAGAUCACUGAGCUCUGCUCAGAAUCUCAAGGUUCAGUAUGAGCUGAUAGUGAGGAUCGACGAGAAAGGGCCGGAUGUUGAAAGUUGA